CGCUGCCUUUGUGACGUGAACAGAUUUUGUAAACACACUUGAGCCAAGUCCAAGCCAGUGGUUCUGGGUCCUCCUAACAGAAGCACAGCGUCAGGGACCCACCUCUUGAUCUGGACCUAGUCUUGGUCAGGACGACCUGAGCUGGAGGUUCUGACCUGCUGUGCAUGUUUUGGUGUUUCCUUGUUGUCCUGCAGUGACCUGUGUGAUCUCUGACCUUCCCUGACCUCUGACCCUCUGUGACCUCUGACCCUUCCUGAUGUCUGAUGCUCUGUGACCUCUGACCCUCCCUCACCUGUGACCUUUCCUGACCUCUGACCCUGAUGUCUGAAGAGUGGUCAGCGCAGGAGGAGCUGGUGCACAGGUUUCUGGACGCUGCGUCUCGUGGGGAUGUGGCUCUGGUCUCGUCCCUUUUGUCCAACUCUCCGUCUCUGCUGAACCAGACUGGACCCAACGGAUGGACCGCGCUCAUGCAUGCCGCUCGCAACGGCGACCACAACCUGGUGAGGGCGCUGCUGCACAGAGGAUGUGACCGUUCUCCUCUGAACAGUUCGUCUCAAACCGCCUUCGACAUCGCUAAGUUCUGGGGCCACACCCACAUCUGCCGAUUGCUGCUGCGUCCGGACUCUGCCCAGGAACCUGCUGUAGCCCGAGCACCUGCUCUAGACCCUGGUCUCGCUUCAGUCUCUGUUUCUGGUCCAGUCUCUGGUCCAGUCUCAGACCAGGACUUGAGGACUUGCGGGUCUCUGGAGCAGAGUCCUCAUGAGAUGUUCUUCAGUGCGGAACCUUUGGACCGACUCAGCAUCAAAAGGCCAGACCAGGACUGGAUCAGGACCCGACAGAAAGACCCCAGGACAGUCUACCUCCUGUUCCACAAACUCAGCCCCAUGACCCGGGGCGGGGAGGAGAGCGGCCCGGCCCAGAUCAGAUUGUGCCGGUUCAGCUUCGAGGAGGUGCAGGACCUGCUGGAGCGGCCGGGGUCAGAGGUCGUGUUCCUGGGCGUAGACCGGACACCUCCCCCCUCCGACACGCCAAGAGACACAGAGCCCUCACACCUGGAGCCGCGCACCUGGUUCGCCCUGGAGUCAGAUCUGGAUCAGGAAGAACUUCUGAAACGAAGCAAAGACAAAACCUGCUCCUUCCCCAAAAACCCUCACAGAGACCUGCUGCGACUGAGCGAAGAGGAGGCAGGUCUCGUGGCUCAGUCCCGGUCUGUUUUGGCGUGGCACGCUCGCUACAGCUUCUGCUCCACCUGUGGGGGGCGGAGCCGAGUGGAAGAGGCGGGGCAUAAGAGAAGCUGCGAGAACACAACAUGUGUCAGCCACCAGGGGGUGCACAACACCUGCUACCCCCGAGUUGACCCGGUGGUCAUCAUGCUGGUGCUGCACCCUGACCAGAACCACUGUCUCCUGGGCAGAAAGAAAGUGUUUCCCCCUGGAAUGUUCUCCUGCCUCGCUGGCUUCAUCGAACCCGGGGAGUGUGUAGAAGCAGCAGUCCGGAGAGAAGUCCAAGAGGAGUCUGGUGUCCUGGUUGAUCCUGUUUGGUAUGUCUGCUCGCAGCCGUGGCCGAUGCCAUCGAGCUUGAUGAUUGGCUGUUUGACCAUUGCCGUGACGACAGAGAUCACCGUGGACCAGGACGAGAUCGAGGAGGCCAAAUGGUUCUCGAGGCAGCAGGUGAUCGACUCUCUGAUUGGUGGAUCUCGUGCUGCGUUUGUGGUUCCUCCAAGACAAACCAUUGCUCACCAACUGCUCCGGCACUGGACCGGACUCACCUCCAACCUCUGAGACCCACCAGACCCUCACCCCAACAAGGGACCAUCACCAGACUAAAGAUUCCAGUAAUUUUUCCGUUAGACCUUUGUAAAUAUUAAAAUCUUAAGAGUUCAAAGGCAUCUCAGAGGUUAACCUGCUACAUGCUAAUAUUCAGCAAAAUGUUUGAAUACCUGAGCGGUUUAUAAGUUUUUAUAAACAGAAUAUUUAAAAAAGUGCAGGUCUUUUGUCAUUAGUUUCACAUCGUUGAUUAGACCUGAUCUUUAAAAUUUUAAUGUAAUUUUUUUCCUAAAGUCAAAGGGAGAAUGAGAAACAAGCGUCAUGUGGAGCUCCAUAAAAGUGGACUAAGUGAGUGUGAUGUAACUCAGUGUCUGGCUCCAAAUGAAGCUCGUCGAGGCUCGCCGUUAUCGCGGUUAAUCUGCAACCAUAUUUGUAUCCUAGCAACCAAAGAGUUGCAGUGUUUUACAGUGCACUCGUUAUGUUUAUGUCACAAAGUCAUGCUUAGAACAAAAAGUGCCGUUAACACCUGUAAAUGAAACACAAAUGUAAUGACUUUAUAAUUUCUGCCUUGAACAUAAACGACCUUUGU